AUGGCCGUCGCUGCAGACAAAGAGAAUGUCCCGCCUGCAGUAUCCGGCAAGCACCGAGCGCGUCUCUACGGCGGCACACCCCAAACCGCCGACCGCCUGAUCAAGCCAUUCAAAUGCCCUGGCGCAAAUACUCCCGUCCGAGUGUCAGAGAAGCCGGCGCGCAAGAGACGCAGGGUCGACUAUGCUGGCGGCGAUGGCGAAGCUGAUGACGGCGACAAGCCGUAUACUAACGAAGAUCGACUUGCCCUUGCGACUCGAGAUGUCAAUCGCUUUCCUGUGUUCAAGGCCAAGGACAAGGACACCACCUUUCGCGCUCGCUUCUCCGUACCGCUGAAGAACAAGGAUCCUGGAGCGUACAACUCAUCAAGACCGCCGCCGUUGCUGGGUUUGCGACAGGGUGCUGUCUUCGUGGCGAAGCCGUUGCAUGAUCCCAGUGGAGAGUUUGCUAUUGUGUUGUUCGAUCCGACCGUGGACGGAAAGCCUGAGCAGAAGGCGCUGGAAGAGGGAGAGGGAACGAAAGAUGCGGAAGAGCCUACAAAGCUGGAUGAACCGUUGAUGCACAAGAGCCUGGCAGACAUCCUGGGCAUCAAGAAGACUGUGGACACAGAGCGACCAAAGGUUCCGGUUGUGAUCGAUCCUCGCCUCACUAAGGUGCUCAGACCACAUCAGAUCGAGGGUGUCAAGUUCAUGUACAAAUGCACUACUGGACUGGUCGACGCAAAUGCCGAGGGCUGCAUCAUGGCUGACGGGAUGGGUCUUGGAAAGACGUUGCAAUGCAUCACGCUGAUGUGGACACUGCUGAAGCAAUCGCCCGAGGCUGGCAAGAGUACGAUACAGAAAUGCGUUAUUGCUUGCCCUUCAAGUUUGGUUCGCAACUGGGCAAAUGAGUUGGUCAAGUGGCUUGGAGAGGGCGCCAUCACACCUUUCGCCAUUGAUGGCAAGGCGUCGAAGGACGAACUCAUCAUACAGCUACGACAGUGGGCUUCAGCGACUGGAAGAGCUGUUGUUAGGCCUUGCUUGAUUGUGUCUUACGAGACCUUGCGCCUCUAUGUCGACGAGCUGCGGAACACCCCCAUUGGACUCAUGCUUUGCGACGAGGGUCAUCGUCUGAAGAACGGCGAAAGCCAAACAUUCGAAGCACUCAACAGCUUGAACGUGCGAAAGAGAGUAAUCUUGUCCGGCACCCCCAUUCAGAACGAUUUAUCAGAGUACUUCGCGCUCCUUAACUUCGCUAACCCAGGCUACUUGGGCACCCGGCAGGAAUUCCGAAAGCAAUACGAAAUACCUAUUCUUCGCGGACGCGAUGCAGAUGGCAGCGACACAGAUCGCCAAAAGGGCGACGAACGUCUCAAGGAACUCCUCACCACCGUCAACAAGUUCAUCAUUCGACGCACGAACGAGCUUCUUUCCAAGUAUCUGCCAGUCAAGUAUGAGCAUGUGGUCUUCUGCAAUCUGGCACCCUUCCAACUCGACCUCUACAACUAUUUCAUCAAAUCACCCGAGAUUCAGAGUCUACUACGUGGCAAGGGCAGUCAGCCACUUAAAGCGAUUGGUCUUCUGAAGAAGCUCUGCAAUCAUCCUGACCUUCUCAAUCUGCCAGAGGACCUACCUGGAUGCGAGGACCACUUCCCAGAAGACUUUGUGCCCAAAGAUGCGAGAGGCCGUGACCGCGAUGUCAAGCCAUGGUACUCUGGCAAGUUCCAGGUGCUCGAUCGCAUGCUUGCACGCAUUCGACAAGACACCAACGACAAGAUCGUGCUCAUCUCAAACUACACUCAAACGCUUGAUGUUUUCGAGAAGCUCUGCCGCAAUCGCAGUUACGGCUGCCUCCGCCUGGAUGGUACCAUGAAUGUCAACAAGCGACAGAAGCUGGUCGACAAGUUCAACAACCCGGAGGGCGAGGAAUUCGUAUUCUUGCUUUCUUCCAAAGCAGGUGGCUGCGGUAUCAACCUCAUUGGUGCCAAUCGCCUGGUACUAUUCGACCCUGAUUGGAACCCAGCCGCGGAUCAGCAGGCACUCGCCCGUGUGUGGCGUGACGGACAGAAGAAGGACUGCUUCGUCUAUCGUUUCAUCGCGACAGGCACGAUCGAGGAGAAGAUCUUUCAGCGCCAGGCACACAAGCAGUCUCUGUCAUCCUGCGUUGUCGACUCCGCCGAGGAUGUUGAGAGGCAUUUCGGUCUGGACUCUCUGCGUGAGCUUUUCCAAUACCGACCUGGCACCACCAGCGACACACACGACACGUUCAAGUGCAAGCGUUGCAAGAACGGUCGACAGACCAUCAAGGCGCCGGCAAUGUUGUAUGGCGACUCGAGUACGUGGAACCACUUCGUCAAUGAUGGCGAGCAGGGACCCAUGGGCAGGAUUCAGGAUCUGCUGUUGAGGCAAGAGAUCACUGAGAAGGACGUCAGCGCGGUGUUUCAGUAUAUCAGUCAUUGA